AAAAUUAAAAUUUGGCAAUUUUGUUCCACUUUGAGGAUAGUUUAGGUUUUUGACCUGUAAUUUUAUUGAAGGUUGGAAAUGUCACUUUCAAUGACAAUACGCUGUUUAAUAAAACCAGUAAUACAACGGAAAAUUUUUACACCGGUAGUGCACUAUAAUUUUUUAUUAAAAAGUGCAAAAAGUCACUCUCAACGUUCAUUUUCAGGCGCACCGUGUUCAGAGCCUGCAAAACCAAAGCAGAUAGAUCAACCGUGCCCACCACCCAAAAUGGCCAAACCAUCACCAACGGCAUUAAUAGUUAUAGCCAAUGGAUCCGAAGAUAUGGAAUCAGUUGCCACAGCUGAUAUACUUCGACGAUCUGGUGUAGAUGUUACAAUUGCUGACAUUCAAGGUUUAGACAAAGUGACAUUCUCGAACAAAGUUAAUAUAGUACCGGAUACAAGUCUUUGUGAAGCCAAAUCACGCUCUUUCGAUGCAAUUAUAUUACCAGGAGGUUUGGGAGGAACAAAAGCUAUGUGUGACAGCGCUGAGCUUGGCGAAUUGUUACGUACUCAAGAAAAGGAGAAUAAAUUAAUUGGUGCCAUAUGUGCAGCCCCAACAGCUCUGCAAGCUCACAGAAUUCAUUUUGGAAAACGAAUUACUUGUUAUCCAUCUUGCAAAGAUCAAUUGAAAUCUGAAUAUUGUGUAUCGGACGAUAUUGUCGUUAUUGAUGGAAAAUUAGUGACGUCACAAGGUCCCGGCACAACUUGUCAAUUUGGAUUACACUUAGCAGCAAUAUUAGCUGGCAAAGAGAAGGCUGAAGCAGUGGCAAAAGCAAUUUUAGUGACUAUGGAACCUGCAGCUACAGCAUAAUUUAAUCAUUAGUAAUUUAAAACUAAAGUUAUGAUAAAGAUUGGCAGUAAUUUGAAGUGCAUACUUUGUUGUACAUUUUUUUUAUCCAAAAAUAUAAUAAAAAUUCGUUAACAAUA